AUGUUCAGGUCCAAACGCUCAGGUCUUGUGCGGCGACUUUGGAGAAGCCGUGUCAUCCCGGACAGGGAAGGGGCAGAUGGGAGCUCCAGGCAGAGCCAGGACCACGGUGGGGGCACCAGCCGCAGCAAAACCCCGGAGAAAAACCCCUCCUCGGAAAUCCGCACGGUAACCCGCAACCUGGCGAGGGACCCAGCGGAGCUGUGCGCCUGGGAGCCGGGCCAGGAGGGCAGGGGGAGCCCCAUGGCGGAGCGGGAUGGGCCCCGGGGCGGCCCCGGGCAGCAGCAGGAGGAGGACGGGGAAGAGGAGAGCCCGUGGUGGGCACAGGAGAGCGAAUGCAAAACAGUGACUUGCUGCCUCUUCAAGGAGCGGGAGCCGGGCAGCCCCAGGCCCGCGGGCGCCUCCUCCCGGGACAGGGAGCUGCGGUCUUGCGACUUCCCGCUGCGAGCCCCCCCGGAGCCCCGCAGCCGGGAGGCCCGGUCCCGGCUCCUGCUGCUGGAGCAGGAGCUCAAGUCCGUCACCUACUCGCUGCUGAAGCGGCUGAAGGAGAGGUCGCUGGACAGCCUGGUGGAGGCGGUGGAGUCCCGAGGGGGGAUGCCCAGCGGCUGCGUCCUGGUCUCCCGCACCGAGCUGCGCCUGGGGGGCCAGGCGGCGCCCCCGCAGCUGCUCCUGGGCAAGCUGUUCCGCUGGCCGGACCUGCAGCACCCGGCGGAGCUGAAACCGCUGUGCGAGUGCCAGAGCUUCGGGCUGGCCGACAGCCCCACGGUCUGCUGCAACCCCUACCACUUCAGCAGGCUCUGUGGGCCAGAGUCUCCCCCGCCUCCUUAUUCUCGGCUGUCUCCUCAUGACGAGCAAAAGCCACUGGAUCUAUCAGAUUCCACGUUGUCUUACACUGAAACAGAGGCUACUAACUCACCAAACACCACCCCGGGAGAAUUCUCAGAUGCCAGUAUGUCGCCUGAUGCCAUUAAGCAGAGCCACUGGUGUAAUGUUGCCUACUGGGAACAUCGGACUCGUGUGGGACGCCUCUACACAGUGUAUGAACAGUCUGUCAGUAUAUUUUAUGACCUACCUCAAGGAAAUGGCUUCUGCCUCGGACAGCUAAACCUGGAAAAUAGGAGUGAGACUGUUAGAAGGACUCGAAGUAAAAUCGGCUAUGGGAUUUUACUUAGCAAAGAACCGGAUGGUGUGUGGGCCUACAAUCGCAGUGAGCAUCCUAUCUUUGUCAACUCCCCAACACUGGACAUUCCCAAUUGUAGGACUUUAAUAGUACGCAAAGUGAUGCCUGGCUAUUCGAUAAAGGUAUUUGAUUACGAGAAGUCUUGCCUCUUACAACACGCCACGGAUCUGGAUUAUGCAGAUGGGCCCUACGACCCAAACAGCGUUCGGAUAAGCUUUGCUAAAGGAUGGGGGCCAUGUUAUUCGAGACAGUUCAUCACAUCAUGUCCUUGUUGGUUGGAGAUAUUACUCAGCAACAAUAGAUAA